AUAAUACGUAUGGACUCGUCCGAAUGAAAUGUCACAUUUAAUCACAGUUUUUAGUUCCGAAAUAUAUCUCCUCAGAUGACAUAUAAGGGAUAAAAAUGAAGUGCCCCAAACCUGAAUGCGGUGUGGAAGGAGAAGGUAAAUUCUGUAUUGAAUGCGGCACAAUGUUAGCGAAGACAAUCGACCAUACUGGAGUCGAUCGUGUAAAGUGUUUGCAGAAUGAACACAGAGAGCAUGAUGCCGAAACUGCGUGCCAACCAUGUAAGAGAAAACAUAAAUCAGAGACAGCAACCAGGUUCUACAAAUCUUGCACAGAGUUUUUGUGUAACGAAUGUAGUAAUAACCAUCAAAUUUACAUACCUGGCAGGCAUGAUUUGGUGAACAUUCAGAACAUGAAAACGCUACCAGUGGUAGUAGACGUGAACAGAAUGGAUAUGUGUAAGGAACACAACAAGGAAAUAGAAUUUUUCUGCGAGGACCAUUCAAAGCUCUGCUGCAGUACGUGUGCUUUCAUACACCGGAAAUGCGAUACUGUAGAAGACCUUCAUACCCCUAAGGAAUCGGCAUGCCUAGAAUUGAAAACUAUCAAAGAUUCUCUCAUUACACUAGGGACAAAAAUUGAUUCUUUUACGGCCUUCAGUCAGCAGUUAGCAGAGGAUUUAAAUAUCGCUCUUGACAACAUUGUAAUAGAGGCAGAAACAAUCGAAAGUCAGAUUCUGAAACGACUUAAAGACGAAAAGCACAGAUUGAUGGUAGAGAUAGAAAAUGUUAAGACCGAAGAGACAACUAAGUUCAGCAAGGCCAAGGUGGAUUCUCCAGAACUAAAGACUAUAUUGGAAGAUAUAUUUCCAAUAUGUUCUACCGUUUUAGAGCACGGGUCGCCGACACAAAAAGUCAUCGUUGCAAAGCGUGUUGGAAUUAAACUAAAAGCACUCGAAAACAAACAAAAUGAACACCGAGAUUCAUAUUCUACACCAAAGGUUUCAGCCGCAUUCUGCAGAAAUCUUGUUACGCUUAUAAACAAUGACGAUAACAUGUUGAACCUAAAUGUAGAAUAUCAGUCUGCAAAUAAAGGUAUUGUUCACGGUUUAUUAUAGGCGUUCAGAUAAUGGGCACUUUUAGGUUAAACAAUUAAAUUGACUCGAGACAAAUAAUCAUGAGCUAGUAUGUGUUAUGAUUGUAUGUUAAACGUUACUUUUAUCAACCAGUGAGGUCAAAUGUACAAAAUAUCUUCGUAAUAUUGUUUCAAUAGUAUUAUGUGCGUAGGAACUUAAAUAUACUUAUAGCUUUACGGUUAUUGCGGUAACAAACGGUUAAAUGUCAAUAAUGACAAUACCCGUCAUUAUCUCAUUUCCACGUCAUUACGUCUAAAUGCCUGUAACGAUUUU